AUGCCCGCCCCUUCCACCACCCUCCUCAUCGAGGGUUCCUUCACCGAGCUCGCCGACGAGUUCGCCCAGUACAUCGACGCUCUGCGCAAGCCCGAAGCCGCCAGCAGCCUCCAGACCGAGAUCUCCCCGCUUCUGCAGCCCCUCCGUGAGCAGGAACAGUCCGACGCCGAGCCCGACCGCAAGCAGCGCGAUGAGGUCCUCAAGAAGUUGGUGUCGGCGGCCGUGGUCCUGAACGGCGCCCCGGAGAAGGAGAUCAUCUCCGCCUACAACCUCCUCGUCCACCUCGUCCACCAGGCCUCCGACCCGGACAUGUUCCUCUCUCGCAUCUGCACCUACCUCGCUAAGCCCAUCUCCUCCUCCCCUCAGUUCGGCCCCUCCCUGGCCAUCUCCAUCCUGUCCACCAUCUUCAACACCCUCGCCCCCUCCGACUCCAGCCGCUACCACGUCCUCCUGGCCACCGUCGCCGUCAUCCGCCAGUCCGGCUCGUCCGUCGCCUUUGACGCCCUCAAGACUCAGCUGUCGACUCAGCUGCCCGGCUGGCUCGCCGCCUGGGAGUUGGACGCCGACGAGGCCCAGCGCCUGCAUCUCGCCAUCGCCGAUGCCGCCCAGGCCGCCGGUGACCCCGAGCUGGCUCAGACCCAUAUCGUUCAGGCCCUGCAGACCAUCCCCGCCGCUAACGCCAGCGCCCCCGAGGCCCGCGAGCUGGCCGUCCGCGCCCUGACGUCCGCCCUCACCAACCCGGCCGUGUUCGACUUCACCCCGUUGACCGCCUCCGACGCCGUGCAGGCCCUGCGUGCCAGCGACAACACUCUCUUCGAGCUGCUCGAGAUCUUCACCGCCGACACCCUCGAUGCCUACGAGGCCUUCAUUACCGCCACCCCGCUGGCCGGCAUCUCCGGCGGCGUGCUGGCCGAGGCCGGCGAGGCCCUGCAGAACAAGAUGCGCCUGCUCACCCUGGCCUCCCUGGCCGCCUCCACCCCGUCGCGCUCCCUGCCUUACGAGACCAUCGCCACGGCCCUGCGUGUGCCGGCCACCGACGUCGAGAAGUGGGUUAUUGACACCAUCCGCGCCGGCCUGGUUGAGGGUAAGCUGUCGCAGCUGCGGUCGGAGUUCCUGGUGCACCGGGCCACGUACCGGGUGUUCGGAGAGAAGCAGUGGGCUGAGGUGCAGGGUCGUCUGAUGGUGUGGCGCCGCAGCCUGGAGCACGUACUGAGCGUUGUGCGCAGCGAGCGGGAGCGGUUUGUGCGCGAGGGGCUGCAGGCGGCCCAGGCGGCCGAGGAGGCAGCCCAGGGCAAGAGCAACGACAAGAACAAGGGCGGCGACCGUCGCCGUCACGGCAACAACCAGCAGCCCGCGCCCGCGGCGCCCGUCAGCGCUCCGGUGGAGGCGGUGACUGCGGAGUAA